AUGUAUAUCGAUCUAAUAUUCGUCAACAAAAUUAAGCUUUUUGUUUCAGCACCAUUAGUACGUACUGCAAAUCUGAAUUCGAUUCUGUCAUGGAUACAUAAUAGUGUAACAGUGGCUGGAGGUAAUGGCGAAGGCAACGCAAUGAAUCAACUAAAAACCCCAUGGGGUUUGUGUGUUGAUGAUGAACAAACUGUCUACAUUGCAGACUGCUCGAAUCAUCGCAUCAUAGAAUGGAAAUAUGGUGCCACAGCUGGUGAAGUUAUGGCCGGUGGAAACGAACAAGGAAACCGUCCUAAGCAGUUAAAUAGUCCGAGAGAUGUGAAGAUAGACAAGGAAAGAAAUAGUUUCAUUAUUUGUGAUUAUAAUAAUGAAAGAAUAAUUCGGUGGUCUCGUCAAAAUGGUGCAAACGACGAAACAAUUAUCUCGAAUGUUCGAUGUCAUGGUGUGACAAUGGACGAUCGUGGAUUUCUGUAUGUCGUUGAUGAGGAUGAGCAUGAAGUCAGACGAUAUCGAAUAGGAGAAAAUCAAGGAACAGUGGUUGCGGGUGGAAACGGACAAGGCAAUGAUCUCAAUCAAUUGUUCAAUCCGACAUAUGUAUUCGUUGAUCAAGAUCAUUCAGUUUUCGUAUCGGAUACAAAUAAUCAUCGAGUAAUGAAAUGGAGAGAGGGUGCAAAACAAGGCAUUGUUGUGGCUGGUGGUCAAGGUCAAGGAAGUAAUCUUACACAACUAUCAUAUCCAUAUGGAAUCGUCGUGGAUCAAUUAGGUACUGUCUAUGUGGCUGAUUGUUUGAAUAAUCGAAUCAUGCGUUGGUUCGAAGGAGGCAUACAUGGAAGUAUUUUCGUUGGUGAAAAUGUUGCAGGAACUCAACAGAAAGAACUUUAUGGCCCAGUCGGUUUGUCACUUGAUCGAGAGGGCAAUCUUUACGUGAGUGAGAACAGAAGUCAUCGAGUGCGAAAAUUCAACAUAAAACGAAUUUAAUGAUUUUAAAAAAUUGAUAUUUUUUUAUACAUUCUCACAAUAAUCUUGAACAAAACAUUGAACAAUACGAUUGCUUUGAAAAUGUUUUGUCUUCGAUCUAUUAGCAGGUCAUCCUGAAUAGACAGAAGAAAAGUCCUUUUUUUUAUCAUCUUCCAAUAAUAAUUUCUGUUUCGUAUAUUCUUUUGUGUGUAAAACUAAGAUUUAUGACUGACUAGCUUUGACAGGAAAAGUCAUUUAUUGUGACUGUUUUUCGAGAAAAAAAAGUGUUAACAAAAGUCAAUGUCUAAUUCAAGAAAAAGCUUCAAGCCCAUUUGCAUUCAAAUGUUUUAACACCAUACAACCACUUUCUGAUAUCCGUGUGUUUAGGCUAGCGCACCUUCAUGUAUGUGACAAAUAAUGUAUAUGUGUAAAAACUGACGUCUUACUUCUAUAGUAGAUGCGGGUUUUUUCUCCUAAAACAUCAUGUUAUUAGUACAACUUGGCUGUUGGUACAAAAAAUUCAAAACACGACAGAAGAGCAAGAAAAGAGAACAAAAGCAUCGAAAAAGUAAAAGAGUUGGCAGCCUUCUUCAUGAAACGCAGACAUGUGAUCUAAAUAUUGUGUUUAGCUUUGCAUGCAAGGUUCUAGCAGCAGUAAUGAGAGUUGUGACACCUCAAAGUUUGACUUCCUAGAUGUUUUGUUUUAAUAAAAAAAUAUAAUCGAAAAAACUGUUAUAGUCAAUGUGAUCCACUUGUACACUUUGAAGACAAAUGUAGUCAUCAAUGAGAGAAACAAGUGUCACUGAGCUGACAAUAAUGUGCAAAUGUUGCUAAGAAUCAGAAAUAAUGGAGGUCGUGUUUGUUGACAUACAAAUUUCUAUAUGGGUCUCAUUUGCAAGCAAAAACUUCUAAGUAUUGAAAUGGAUAAAUUUUUAUUAGGAAUAAUUUGCUCUUCGAUUAAAAUCAAAUACAUUGCGUUUCACAAAGUUGUUGCACUAGCAUGUCGAUAUUGUUAUCAACUCAAUUGGAUUUUUCACUGCAAUCUAUAUUUGUUCUAAGUAUUUUGCUUUUAUGUUUGUAUCAAUAGCAGGUGAGAAACACAGGUGAGUAAUUGUUAAAACAGCAAAAUUACACAACUUUGGCGAAGAAAAGGCAAAUAAAUUGUUAUCAGUAAGACACGUGGAAAACUAACAGGUAAUUAUCACAGUUAGAGACCUGUGAAGUCGCUUUUUUUUACUUUGAUGCCGACUCCGGCGGAGUCGAAGUUGGAAUCGGGUUUCGGAGUCUAGUGCAGGUCUCUAGUCACAGUCGUACACAACAGAAGAAAAAGAAAAAUGAUUCAGUUCACGUACAGUUGAAAUUCGACGUGAUCAGUAAAAUAGAACAAUAAUGGAUAUAAUUACUUCCGAACGAAUUAUUAUUUCAAAGAUUUGGGUAUGUAAUAAGUACCGAUGGUAUGGAUACAAUUGAAGGCAAGACUACCAUCCACAUCCAACUCCAACUCCAUCCUAUAUAUUUAUCGGUGUUAUUACGGUUAAAGAAAUAUCUGUAUAUAAUUGAACCACUUUGAUGAUCUUAUGAAUUCAGGAAUGAAUUAUAAUGAAUGCUUCCCCUCCAAAAUAAUCGUUAUUAUGAAGAGCUUUAGUAUACAAAAAUAUAGAUCAUAGAUUUUAUUAGUUCAAUAUCUAAGAUGGAAUUAUGUUUCACUGAUGAAUACGUAGAAAUCAAAAGUUAAGCUGUGUGAGAUCGAAAAGUGUUUAUGAUUCUAACCCGUACGAAGUUAUUGCCAAUUUACCAAUUUAUAGGAUUUGGUAUUAUGAUUUGAAGAUAGUUUUAUCCUAUACAUAUAGAUUGAUCUUGGUUUUAUUGUAAGAAAUUGAAAACAUGAAGAUAAUCGACAAGAACCCGAAUAGCACUAAUAGUCUCUUAGUUUAUUGUUUUUCAUCGUUUAUUUUCCAGGGAAAAAUAACUGAAAUCGAGUGAAAUGAGUGGACGGGGACGUAAACUGACAAUAUUCUAUUGUUCUAGACUAAGAUAAAAAGCAUGGCUAACUUGUAUAACAACAAUGAAGAAAUUGAUGGUCUCUCGUAUGACAACACACAUAAUAUCUCCUGUGAUGGAUGUCAAUCGUCGCAAAUCUAUAGCGAUCGAUACAAGUGUCUACAAUGUAACGACUAUAAUCUGUGUGGUAAUUGUUUUGAAGAGCGGCGUCAAAGGAAAGGACACUUGAGCGGUCAUGCCAUGGUUCAUUUUAAGCUGCCUAAUGAAUUAUUCGGGAAACCAAUACCUCAUUCAAGUCAAAUCACAUUAAAGAAAAUCAAUGAAUUAUUUAUUGGCAAACGACAUGGAAUUGCAUGCGAUGGUUGCAAGCACUCAAUUGUUGGUGUUAGAUUCAAAUGUGAUACUUGUCACAAUUAUAACCUUUGUUCGAAAUGCAUGGAACAACGCGUAACAAGCAAAAAUCACUGUUAGCUCUGUAAUGGGGGAUGAUCUUACUGAGCUUAACUUCUCUGUAUAUAUAUAUGAUAUAGCUUACAUAUAUAAAUCGAUAUGAAGCUGUUGGAUAAUAUAUAAAUAUAAAUAUAUAUAUAUUUGACCAAAACAAGAAAAUAUAAUAAUGUCAAAGAUGAUGACAAUCAACAGAAAAAAGAUGA